AUGAGUCUUCAUAAGAUCCAAGUCAUUGUACGGUUUAGUGAUAAUACAAUAAAAGAUGCUAAAUUACCACUUAUAAAAUUAACUGAAUUAUCUAACCGUUGGUUGAAACAAUCUGUUCGUCAACAAAAUCCAUCAUUAUCAAAUAAGAGACUUAGGUUUAUCCAUUCGGGGAAAGUGCUGACAGAUUCAACAAAUUUCAUUGAUGAAUUUUUACAAUUACAAAGAUUUAGUAAAUCAUCAUUAGGUUCAGAAUCAAAUGAACAACAUGAACUAGAUCGAGUCUUCAUUAUACAUUGUUUAAUCGGUGACACGCUCUCUGUAGAUGAACUGAAAAGAGAGUCAGAACUUGAUAACCAAGUUCAAGAACAAAGUACAACACCUGCCCCAAUUGGAUUUGAUAGAUUAGCAAACGCAGGAUUUUCACAAGAAGAUAUUCAAAACUUACGUCAACAGUUUAGAUCUUUAUACGGUGAUCUACCUGAACCAAAUGGUGAAAAUACAGAUGGCUCACAAGGGCGUGAUAUUAGACAAUUAGAAGAAAGGUGGAUUGAUAGUUCUGUGAAUGAAAUGGAUGAAUUUAAUACUGGGAAUGCAGGUAGUAGAUUAGGUGGGAAUGAAGAUUUAUUAAUUGGGAUUUUAAUUGGUUGUUUAUUAGGUGUAUUGAGUUUAUUUUUGUUGAAAGAAGAGCAAUUAUUUAGUAAAAGACAAAGAAUGGCUGUUAUUGCUGGAUUUAUUGUUAAUUUUUCAUUCGCACUAGUUAGACAAUGGGCAUAG